AUGGAUCGACUCAACCCGGAAGACUACCACUUCAACGACAGACUCUCCUUCCAUACGAUGUGGUACGAUGCGAACUCGCUUCAAAAACAAUUACUUCUCAAUUUCUACCCCUGUGAUGGCACGACGGAAUUAAUCGAUACGCAAACAAAUCGCACGUUUUUAAGACGUGCAACUUUGGACGGUGUCGGACUUAAAGACAUGUUCCUGGGUAACGAAAUUCGAGUGUACAGCAGGCAAAUUAAGAUUGUGGAUUAUGCGGAUGACCGAACUGCCCGAUACGUUUCCAAAUCGAACGAACACACCGUGGCUGUGGUAAAGCCGGAUGCAUUUGACAUGAUCGGGGAGAUUAUUAAAGUUAUCGAGGACAACAAUUUCAGAAUAGCAAAUUUGAAGUUGUGUACUUUAACCAGAAAAGACGCAAUGGAGUUUUACGAUUAUUUAAAAGAGGAGACUUACUCGUCUUUCAUUAUGGAACACUUCAUAUCAGGCCCUAUAGUAGCCAUGGAGUUGGUCGGGGAAAACGCAGUUGGACGUUUGAACGAAAUCCUGGGGCCUGUGUGUCCUGUGGACGCACGAAAAACCAGUCCGAAUUCUCUCAGAGCAAUGUACGGUACGAACAGAGCCAUCAACGCCUUACACGGAUCGUUAUCCCAACAAAUGGCUGCCAGAGAGGCAAAAUUCUUUUUCGCAAAGUACCAUCAACAACCGGGUUUAAAUUGUCACAGUUCUGCGUGUUGCGUUAUUAAACCUCACACCAUCAAAGGUGGCAAUCUUGGUAAAAUCGUCAGCUCAAUAUUGAACUGCGGCUUUACUUUCUCCGCCAUGGAAAUGUUUUAUUUAACCAACAAGACAGCCAAUGAGUUUUUGGAGGUUUACAAAGGCGUUAUAGACGAUUACAAUGCUCUAGUUUUGAGUUUUUUGGAUGGACCAUGUGUAGCAGUGCAAAUCUUCAACGCAGAGAAGCGAGAUGUCCAUGGGGAAUUUAGAAAUAUUUGCGGGCCAUAUGAUCCAGAAGUAGCUAAGAAAAUUCGCCCAACUACUUUAAGAGCUAACUUCGGCCUUGACAAGUAUAAAAAUGCUGUUCAUUGUACAGACUUACCGGAAGAUGUUGAAAUAGAGUUAGAAUACUUCUUUAAGAUACUAAACAAUUAA